CACAUUCGGGGUGUUCUGCGAAGAGCGCGAAUCCCUCCCGCAUUCCUGAUUUCGGCCAUAAGACUAUCUCGAACAUCCAUGGGAACGACAGGCUUUUCCGUGACAACGGCCGGUUUGAGUUUGGUUUUUUGGCGCUCCAAAUCUCUCAUUGAAAUCAACGAGGUGGAAUGAGGAAGCGACUGUGGUGCGGGUUGACGUCUUGGAAUAGGGUUAGAAGGUGGGCGUGAACAAGAGGCAAAUAGAGUAGGAGGUGGUGGAGGAGGAGGAGGUGGCGGUGGAGUGAGUGGAGGCAGCUGAGCAAAAACUGUUUCCUGCACAGCAUUUUCCGUGCUGGAGUCGAGCACUUUUCCAAGAACUAUACCGCCUUUCUCGACUGGUGUCCCGACUUUUUUGAGUGCGGGAAGACCUUGCUUGAGCAUAUUUGCGAUGUUGUUGGUAGUUUCUCCAUUUUCGGAAGUUGAUCUGACAAAGAUUGAGGUUCCAUUUUCUCCGACCCUAACAAUAGGAGAGUUUCCCGAGGUGGCUGAACUCUCAGCUGUGGCAACCGCAAUCGAAGAACUUUCUGAUUGCGACUUUAGCAGUAUUUCGUUGGCCGCUUUACGGCUCAGAGUCUGUUGUUUAACAGACUCUUUCACUUUUCGGAUGUUCGAUUCAACAUCUGGACUGAGUGGUGACGGUGAACUUUCCGAAGUUUCGGAUGAAAGAGCCCGAAGAGCUGCCAAUGGCAGUUUCGCUGGAGUAGGUUUGAUCGAGGCAGCGGAUGUCUGAGAUAUUUGCGGAUGAAGUGCUGAGGAUGACGUGUUGAUUUUUCUCCCCACCGUUAGGGACUCCUUAUUAACCGCCUGUCCAGCAAGGGAGGGAGAGCUAGCAGUGAAAGGUGGUAGAGCAGGCCUCUUUGACGCCGAUGUGACAGUACCGUUAGCUUCGCGCAGUUCAUGUUCCUUCCGCUUCAAUUCCUUUGCCUCUUCAAUGAUGCGUUGUAGAGCGCGUUCUCGCUCCUCUUCUCUCGAAAUCACCUCCUCCGUGAAAAUCUGCGGUCUCGAGAACGGCUGAUGCUUCUCCCUUGCGACUUCCGUUCGACGAAUAUUCGGCGAAACGGAAUGACCUGUUGCGGUAGAGCGAGAUGUCUUAGAGACGAUCACCGAUCGUUCCGUUCCCUCGCUUGAAGUCGAUGUUGUGGGCGAAAGAGAAUGGCUAGAGGUCACUGAAUACCUGCAACCAGAUGAUGCACUCAAAAGUGAUGAAGGCGACUUUGCAAAAAGAAAUAAGAAACAGUACGAGGAAUGUGAAACCAUCGGACGUGAGUCGCUAGAACCAGGGCGCCGAGAGUGUUGAUACAUCUUUGGAGCUUCACUUGAUAGCCACGGCGAGAAGGUGUCUGAGGCUAUACUCGGUCGUUUUUUUGCCAUCGGUACUGCAGUGUCGGUGACUUGCUGUAGCUUCUUCAUCAGGGAGUCAUGCUGGUGAAUAAGUUCCAUAUGCAGCUGCCUCGCUUCAGGCGAGUUCCGAUUCCGCGAUUGUAGCGCCUGCCAGAGUUCGAAUUUUGCCUUUAACGCCCCAUAGUCUUGCGUUAUUUCAGCGGCCCUGCGCAACUCGCCGAUGUCUUCCGUCGUCAGAAGGAAGAGCUCUUCUUGGCUUGGCUUCUUUUUCAUUGGCACUUGGUCAGGAGGGCGAGAUUCCUCGAACUUUGAUCGAAUCGCUGACGGCAGAGGUGACGAUUCGGGAGAUGUUGACUCCAUCAUCUUCUUGUCUACAGUCCUGUCCACAGACCCAUCGAACUGCGUUACACGAAUCGUUUUGUACCCAGUCUUGUCAUUGAGGAUAAUGUUCGAUUUUCUCUCAACGAAUGGCACAUCCGAUUUGUGAGGUGUUGGAGAGAAUGUGGGAGUGCGAACUGUUCCCUCAGGCGAAUAAUGGAUCACAUCAUGAACGACAGUUUGAUGCGCAUCUGUCUCGUCGCUUUCCUUUUCCUUUGACAUCGUUGACUUCUCCUCCAACUGCUUGUCCAGAUCUUCUUUCCCAGAAUUGACGUCCUCCUCAACAGCACUCUCCACCGGCUUGCCAGUCGACUCAUUCACUGGUGUGGCAUUUGGCUCGGGCUCAGGAGGAGUUGGAGCUGCGCCUUUCUUCUUGGACUUGGGCAUUUCAGCUGUCGGCUGCGCCAGUGUGGUUGAGUCUUUGGGAACAGAAUCGCUGAAAUUGCAAAAAGCAUGUGUAAAAAAAAGUAUUCCAGACUAUCAAGAAUGGGUGGAAUAA